AUGAUUACAAACAAAAGCCAACAAAAAUUACAACUAUCAUCAACAUCGAGAAUUGCAUUUCGUGAUGCACUAUCGGAUUUACCUAAAUCCAUUCCACCUGAUCCAAAUAAUAUAAAAAUUAGUGAAAAAGAAAAAAACUUGUUCAAGACUUCGUUGACUAAUUGGAUAUGUUUGAAUAUUCGAUCAAUAAACAUAAUUGAAGAUGAAGGUUUAAAAAGUUUAAUAGACCUCUCCAUUCGUAUAGGUUAUAUGCAUGGUCCUGUUUCAGUUUCGUCUCUAUUUCCUUGUCGAAAAACAAUAACUAAAGAAAUACAAAAAAUCGGUAUGGCUGGUCGUGAUGAGAUGAAGACAGUUUUAAUAAAAGCUGCAAAAGAGAGGCGUCUAUCAUUGUCCCCAGAUUUAUGGUCUGAUGGUUACAAGCAAAUAUCUUAUCUCGGUUGUGUUGCUCAAUGGUUAGACGAUGAAUGGAAUUUAUGCUCAUUCGAUUUAUUUUGUCUACCGUAUAGAAAACCUAAUAAGUCAGCUGCAAAUUUAAUUAAAGUUAUUGAAGAUGGUUUAGAACUGUUUGGUUUGAAGCCUUUCAUGUUUGAUAUUGUCUGGGUAUCUGACAGAGGAAGCAAUUUCAAGAAGGCAUUAGCAAAAUUUACAGUGUUACAUUGUAUCGCUCAUCGUUUAAACAAUAUGCUGCAGCACACAUUUUAUCAAUCACAAAUGAAUAAAGUAAAACAAGAUGCUGUGUUUGCCGAUUAUUAUGCUAGUUCGAUGGAAGAUGAGGAUGAUUAUGUUAGUGACAACGAUACUGAAGAUGAUAUCAGUUUCAGUGAUGAUGAAGCUUUAAUUGAUAAACGGAUCAAAAAUCGAAAUAAUUUUUAUGCAACAUCCACUCGAAAUACUUUAAAUAAUACUAUUACUCAACUACCAUCAGACGCAAAGCGCGUUUUAGUUACAAUCAUCCAAUGUAAAGAUUUAGUUAAGUAUAUUAAGAAGGUGAGACGAAUAUCAGCAUAUUUGUAUUAUUACUGUUCAUAA